UGAAUACCCAGGACGCUGUUUUCCUUAGUCUUGAGUAGCCUCGAAAUGCGACGACUCUUGACAGAUCGAUUGGCGACUCUCGAAGUCAUGACUGGCCGAGACUGUCAUCGGCCAUGACCUCUCGACGACGGAGACGGGUAUGGCUCAACAUUGGUCAGAAGAGCAGCUACAGAUUUGCUACAGCUUAGCUUGAAGUCGUCCACGGACAAUGCCAGCCGUGAAGACUGAACAUCUCACGCCGCCAGAGAAGAAGUCCCUGAAGCAACGUAGCGGCGACUAACUUAUCAAGAGUGGCAUUGCCGGCGGCGUGGCAGGUUGUGUGGUACAUUUAAGCUCCCUUGCACCCUCUCUCCCCAUCACAAGGCACAACGACAUCCAGCGGUGUCGACCAGGACGGUCAAAUUACCAUGCAGUCGCGGUCAAGAUCUAGCUUGACCAGUUUGUAGCGGGGUCUACUGCCAACGAUCCUCGGCAUGAUACCCUACGCAGGGAUAUCGUUCCUAACCCACGACACUGUCAGCGACGUCCUUCGUCAUGCUCAUCUGGCUUCCUACACUGUCCUGCAAUCGCAAUCACAAUCACCCUCAGAGAAGCAUACAAAGCGCAAUGGCCCCGUACAAUCAAACGCUUCCGCCGAAGUACCGCUGGUGCCAUCGCCAGACUGGUCUCUCAAACAGCUUCAUGCCCGAUUGAAAUCAUCCGCCGGCGAAUGCAGGUAAGCGGCGU